AUGAUGCCGACCAGAAGCGACGCGAGCCGCAACCGCAAGCGCCCGCGGACGGCCGAGGUGGAAGUGGGACACACGACGGCUGCCCCGCCAAGCAAGCGCUGCGACGGCGGCGGCAUCUACGUCCCUCCGUACCGCGCCACCACCGACGACGCCGACGAGGAGUCCGGCUACGAGCGCCGCAGCUGGGACGCGCUACGGAGGAGCAUCACAGGGCUAGUCAACAAGGCAACCGCGGCCAACAUCCGCCACGUGGCGCCGGAGCUCCUGUCCGAGAACCUGGUCCGCGUGCGUGGCCUUCUCUGCCGCGCGCUCCGCCGUUCCCAGGCGGCCUGCCCGGCUUCCUUCACGCCGGUCUUCGCGGCGCUGGCGGCCGUCGCCAACGCCAGGCUCCCCUGCGUUGGCCGUCUCCUCCUGGCCCGCCUCACGCUCCGCGCCAGGCGCGCCCACGCCGCGGGGAACACGCACCGGCUCGCCGCCGCGGCCACGUUCGUCGCGCACCUCGUCAACCAGGGCGUCGCGCGCGACCUGCUCGCGCUCCAGCUCCUCGCGCUCCUGCUCGACCGCCCCACCGACGGCAGCGUCGAGGUCGCCAUCGGCCUCGUCACCCACUGCGGCGCCGCGCUCCAAGAGUCGUGCCCGAGGGGGCUACACGCCGUGUUGGACUGCCUAAGGAGCGUCCUCCACGACGGCGAUGUUGACAAGCGCGUCGAGUUCUUGAUCGAGGAUCUCUUCGCCAUCCGGAAGGCGCAGUUCCGGGGUCACCCUCCCGUCCAGCCGGAGCUGGAUCUAAUCGAGCCGGACGACCAGGUGACUCAUCAGAUAGAGCUCGACGAUGAUGAGCUCGAUCCGGAGUUCCAUCUUGACGUGUUCGAGUCAAGCCCUUCCUUCGAGCAAGACGAGGCGGCAUACGAGGACCUCAAGAGAACUAUCCUCGGAGACGACAAGAUUCAAUCUUCCUCUCCUGAUGACGAAGAAACCGACAGCGACGACGACGAGUCAGCUGGUGAGGAGUCAGAAACGGAUCAGCCGCCGGUCGUCGUCCGCGACCAGACCGACACCGAUCUCAUCAACCUUCGGCGGACAAUCUACAUGACAGAAGGAGAAGGCGUACACGAGCUACUACGGCCAGCUCUCGGGCAGCGGCUGUGCGCCGUCGACCGCGCGUACCAGGCCGGCUUCGAGGCCUGCUUCGCGGGCCACUACUCGGCGGCGCACCGCAUGACGACACCUGCUGGCCGCCGAUGCGCUGCCCUGGACUUGUGGGCGUGUGCGGAUGACAGGUCCACUCGCCGCACACCGUCGGACGGGCCUGCUGUUGGUCUUCCGUCGUCGCCGCACCCAGCCAUCCGCUAG